AUGAAAUCAAUUUUAUAUAUUUGUUUAACUCUUGUUUGUUUAACUCAACAAGUUUUAUCCCUUUCACCUACUUAUGGUGUUGGUCCUGAAGAAUUGGAAUAUUAUAAAGAGGGUAAAUAUUUUAAUUGUCUUAGAUCAAAUGUACAAAUACCAUUCUCACAAGUGAAUGAUGAUUUUUGUGAUUGCCCAGAUGGUACAGACGAACCAGGAACUUCAGCAUGUUCAUCAAAUGGUCGUUUUUAUUGUCAAAAUAUUGGUCAUAAAGGAAAUUAUAUUUCUUCAUCUUUUGUAAAUGAUGGUGUUUGUGAUUGUUGUGAUGGAUCAGAUGAAUAUCAAUUAAAAGUUAAAUGUAAAAAUAAUUGUAAAGAAAUUGGAGAAGAGAGUAGAAAGAAACAAAAUCAAGUUAUUGAAGCCUAUGAAAUUGGUUUAAAGAAGAAGAAACAAAUGGAAGAAGAAGGUACAAGAGUUUUCAAUGAAAAAACAGAUGAAAUCAUUCGUUUAAGAAAAGAAAUUGAUCCAAUUACACAAGAAAUUAAAGAAUUGGAAGUUUUAAUUGAACAAAAGAAAUCUGAAAGAGAACUUGAAAAUAAAAGAUUAUUAAAUGAAAAAGAGAAAAAAGAUAAAGAAAUAGAAGGUACUGAUCAACAACAACAUCAACAACAACAAAAUAUUGAUCAACCAAAAGAAGGUGAAGAAAAUAAAGAAGUAGUUGGUGAAAAUGGUGAAAAUGGUGAAAAUAUUGUUGAACAACCAGAAAUUCAAACAUCUGAACUUUUAGAUGCAAUUUCUAAAGGUAAAGAUGAUAAUAAUAACAUUAACAACAACAACAACAACAACAUUGAUGACAACAAAAAUGAUAAUAAUAAAGAGGAUGAAAUUAAAAAUAAUAAUAAUAUAGAAAAAGUUGAUCAUACAACAGUUAAUAAUAAUAAUAAUAAUAAAAAUGAUUUGAAUGAUGAUGAUAAUGAUGAAGAGGAUAAUGAUGAUGAUGAUGAUGAUGAAGAGGAAUUGGUAAAUAAAUUACAAAUAAUUUUUAAAAAAAUUAAAUCUAUUAAAAAUUCAGUUUAUAAUUUUAUCCUUCCUAUUUUACCAAAUCGAUUUAUUUCAUUAAAAGAUAUGGGUAAUCUUGGUGGGUUGGAGAGCGAAUUAUCAAAGAAAAGAGAAAGUUUAAAAGAAAAAGAAAAUGAAAUUGAAAAGAUUGAUAAAAUGCUUAAAUCUGAUUUAGGAGUUAAUAAUGUUUUCAUUCCAUUGUAUAGUAAAUGUUUUGAUUUGGCUACUAAAGAGUACACUUACAGUGUUUGUCCAUAUGAAAAAGCAUCACAAGGUCAUACUAGUUUAGGUAAAUUCGAAUCAUUUGGUGAUAAUGGUAAAAUGAUGUUAUUUGAAAAUGGUCAACAAUGUUGGGGUGGUCCAAAACGUUCACUUAAAGUCCUUAUGGAAUGUGGUCAAGAUAAUGAAUUAUAUGAUGUACAAGAACCUGGUAAAUGUGAAUAUACUAUUAAAUUUAAAACUCCAGUUUUAUGUAGUGAAGAACAUUUAAAAAUUUUAAGAUUAGAAGGUGAUCAUUCUUUAUAA